AUGCAGAGGUGCGCUAGUUUCCUAUUUCUGGCUUUAAUCCUUUGUGCCGCCCUGUCAGAAACGUUUGGACUGGUUUUCUCAGCAAAAGAAAAAAGGGGCUGGACUUUGAAUAGUGCUGGUUACCUCCUUGGGCCACAUGCAGUAGAUAACCACAGAUCUCUUAAUGACAAACAUGGUUUCACCGGUAAACGUGAGAUACAGCCUGAUGAGGACAUUAAAGCAGCGAACCUUGGAAGACCUCUGGCUGAUGAAAACAUUGUGCGCACAGUAAUUGAAUUUUUGACUUACUUGCAUCUUAAAGAAGUGGGAGCACUUAACAAACUACCUUCACCAGAGGAAACAAACCAGUCUUGAAGAAGAAUGCAUUUUUAUUUUGUUGUAGUGUAAAUUUGGACCAAAUUCUAAACAAAAGAUCCGAAUGAUCUGAAGAUGAGAAGUAUUGUUUGCAUUAAUCUGAUAAAUGGUGAACCGCAUUCUGCCCUCUGUUUUGUUUGUGGGUUUUUUGUUUGAUUUUUUUUUCCUUCUCUCCUGUGCAAAAUUUUGCCUUGGUAAAAUUUUUCUGUAGGUAAAUUAUAAAAUAAAAAUAAAGAGCAA